AUGAGAUCAAAGACGACAACAGCAACUGGUCCGCAAUCCGUCGUGUUUUCUAAAUCUAAUCCCAUGAGCUGGCACGUCUUCUUGCUUGUAUCGAUCGCCGUCUUAUCUAGUGCCUCUGGCGCACCUGGAAAGCCGGAAACCAACCAUUUUGUGAGUGAGGGAGGUGUCCCUCUGGCCUGGGACCAUCGAAUCUGCCCUACGUACGCACAGACGAUCGCCACGCAGUCCUCACUCUCCGACUCGCCCAUCAUCCCCGUGCCCAAUCGCCGCCCUAGUCCACUCUGCCGGACAUUCAACUCGACGAGCCUGGAGAUCUUGAUCUCGAAGUUUAACGGACACUUCAAGGAUGAAAGACUGGCCAGGCUGUUCGAGAAUGCGAUCUCACAAACGCUCGACAGUACAAUUAGAUGGUUCUCACCUGAAAAAAGUGACACUGAAACUUAUAUAGUCGCCGGCGAUAUCCCCUCAGAAUGGCUAAGAGACUCCACAAACCAGGUGAAUGUUUACCUUCCCCUGAUAGAGAACGACAAACCGCUGAGGCAGUUGAUCUUGGGUGUGAUUAACUUGCAAGCAAAAUUUAUCACCGAGGGUGUUUAUUGUAACGGCUUUUAUCCACCCAAAGAGAGCCACAUCGAGAUCGACCCCAAAGCUACCCCGGGCUUGAUCCAGCCUGGUGCUUCGGCUUCCCUUUGCGAACUAGGAGUUGAUGGAUUGGCUUCAUUCUUGGCUCUCUCUAACCGGUUCCAUUCCAUUACUAAUGAAACAACCUUUGUUACCCCUACAUGGCUCAAGGCAGUCGAGCUAUCACUUCAAGUUUUCGAGGAUGAAUCGCGCGCACACUUAGGUUCGACUGGCAGCAGUAAGGGAAAAGCUCACAACGUCGCUUCACCGGGGCCAUCAACACCAGCUACGGACGAAGGCGUCCGCCACCCCCAUGCCUACAUUGGACUUGUUGGUACUCGUUUGAGACCCUCUAAUGAGGCUACAAUAUUCCCGUACAACGUACCCGUGAACGCGAUGGUUUCUGUGCAGACCUCUCAGCUGGAAAAGCUCCUAGGCUCGAUCCCCUCAUCCCCGGUAUCUCUGGCACGGCGGGCAGCCGCGUUAUCACACAACAUCAAUAAAGCGCUGGGUGUGCAUGCGGUCACGACCCACCCCACAGGGGGAAGGGUUUACGCUUAUGAGCUGGAUGGUUUCGGCUCGACUGUAGUUAUGGAUGAUGCAGCUGUCCCGUCGCUUCUUUCAUUGCCGUAUAUCGGGUGGGAGUCACUCAAUUCGACCAUUUUCAAAUCCACAAGACAUCUAGUCACCUCUCCCCACGGAAACCCAUUCUUCUUCAAUGGCACGCGUGGCUUUGGAAUAGGAUCAUCGCACACUGGGCCUGGUAACAUAUGGCCUAUGAGUUUAAUUACUCUUCUUUUCAGUAGUGAAAGUGACGAAGAGAUCGAAGCAAUCCUGCAAAUUUUGAUUGAAUCCACCCAAGGUUAUGGUGUACUACAUGAAAGUUUUGAUGCCUUCAAACCUGAAGAAUUCACCAGGACAUGGUUUGCAUGGGUAAAUAGUUACUUCGCAGAAGCGAUCCUCUACCUUGCCGAAACAAAGCCUCGCAUGAUCUUUAAAGACUCUCAACCGAUCUUACUUACCAGUCGAGGUAACUUGGCGUGGUAUGGAGGUUUAAAACACUAG